GAGCAUGAUGGAUUUGUCAAAUCCUGCGGUGUUUGUCAAUGCUGAGAUAUUACGUAUGCACGUGGGACGGAGGGUUCGGGCAGUGAUUCAGGUUAUUCGCUCUGAUGGUGGCACAGUGACUGGAAAAUCAACAGAUGAGCAGCAGAUAUUCAUCAAAGGUGUUGCUCCUGGUCCACUCUCCACAUUUGUUGAGGUUAUUGGCAUUGCCGAUAGUCCCCAAUCAAUCCGUGCUGAUAUAUGGACCAACUUUGGGGACACACUCGAUACAGUUAGUUACAACCGCGUUUGUGAACUUGCCAACAGGGAGUAUAAGCACCUCUUCAUCUGAGGAUCUAUCUAAUCUAGGUUUAUGAUGCUGUAGUUCCAUUUGUUUAGCACUUCAUGAACAUAGUACAUAAGAAUGUUCAAAUGAUGGUAUUUCGAGUCUUAACGGUCUGUUUUGGUAACGACACUGAUUGGAGGGCAUCAUUCAACAAGCAUUGUUAUAAUA